AUGCUUACUUUAUCGGUUGAUACAGGAGUCAACGUAUCCGGACAUCAUGUAGCCGCGCUGAGCGCCAGCCCCUAUCCGCCGAUUCUCACGAAUGUGCGACUGGCAUUCAAUGCUUAUGAUGCUGUGAACUUUAGCCUCAUCCGUGGGCCGGCAAUCCUACAGAAUGUAUUGGUACGUAACGCACUUCCCCCCCCCCUUUAG